GGAGAUGGGAGGAGGGGGGAGCCCCCAGCUCCGGCAUGAGGCCGGGCUGAGCGAUGUGCGAGCAGGCAGCGCGGUACUGCCGGGCCGGCGUGCAGAGGCUGCUGCGCAAGCCGCCGCCGGCGCUCCGGGGGCUGGACGGGCUGCUGCGCUGGGUCGGGGCCAGGAUGGUCGACAAGGGCCUCGCAGAGAGGGAGCUGCUCAGCGCGGGGGCCGCCGCCGAGCAGAAGAAGGGCACCUCCGUCAUUCUCGAUAUUUUCCGAAGAGCUGACAAAAAUGAUGAUGGGAAGCUGUCCCUGGAGGAGUUCCAGGCCUUUUUUUCUGAUGGGACACUGAAUGAAGAAGAACUUGAGAAGCUCUUUCAUACCAUUGACUCGGACAACACCAACAAUGUGGACACCAAGGAGCUGUGCGACUAUUUUGCUGACCACAUGGGAGACUAUGAAGAUGUCUUGGCCUCACUGGAGACCCUGAACCUCUCCAUCCUGAAGGCAAUGGACUACACCAAACGGGUGUACGAGACUGGCAGCAACGUGGACCAGUUUGUGACACGCUUCCUGCUGAAGGAGACAGCAAACCAGACCCAGUCACUGCUGAGCUCUGUGGAGAGUGCCGUGGAUGCUAUUGAUGAGCAAACCAACCCUGCCAGGCACUACCCUAGCAAGGCUGGCCACGGUCCAGUGGAUACUUGGUAUGACAGCCCCAUGCCCAGCUACUCUCCCACCAGCUGGGUGGUCCCCAAGGAGCAUGGAAAGAGCUUCCAGACUGGUUCCCCUGACACCAAGGCAGAGGGGCUGGAGGGGCAGAUCAACAGGUUGGCUGAGCUGAUUGGCAGGCUGGAGGACAAGACUCUCUGGUUUGACCUGCACCAGCGGCUGUCAGACAGCGAGAGCGCAGCUUGCACGUACCUGCUCCUGGUGCGGGAUGAGAUGACCGUGGCACACAAGCACCUCAGCGAGUUCUGCAGCUCCCUGAAGCAGUACCUGAAGAGUGUGGCCGGGGAGCGGGACUGCUUCCAUGUCACCGGGGUGAAGCUUCCUGAUGGGGUCACCUUCAUCAUCUAUGAGUUCUGGGAGACUGAGGAGGACUGGAAGAGGCACCUGCAGAGUGCCAUCUACAAGGGCUUCCAGCAUGUCAAGGUGGACACACUGAGCCAGCCUGAGGCCAUCUCUAGUGUGGCCGUGCCAGCUGCCUGGUGCACCCUGAGCCGAGAGUGACCACCUCUGUGGGGGGCCGCCAGCACCUGUCCCUGCUGUGGGGUGGCUGCGACUCCCCCCUACAUGGCUGGGUGAAGGGAAGUGUUGGUGUGAUCCAUCUGCAGUGGAGGAAACCCCCGUGUGUGUCCCCAGCACCCCAUGGGCCCCCCUCUCCCAGCUACCCUGUCACCUGGAUCACCUCUCCCUGGAGUGGGAUACUGGCUGCUUGGAGGUGGAGUCUGCCAGGGAAGGGCUGGCAGAGUUUGGGGUGAGGGGGGGCAUCCCCCAGGCAUGGGCAGGGAGGGAGGGGAGGCAGGGUGCAGGCAGCUGGGUGAUGGGAAGGGAGCUGAUGAUGAAGAGUAAGGAUGGGAGUGGGAGGCUGGACUAGCCCCUGGGGGAGGCAACUUGGGGGUCCCUGCUAGUCACCCAGGGCUACCUGGAUGGAGACCUGGGAAGGGGCAGUGGGGCUGUAUCCAGUGUGCAUCCCUGCAGGGACAGGGCCAUGCGUCCCUGGGAGGGUGCUGGCAGAAGAGCAUCCCUGCUCCUUGUGUGCCCUUAUCCUGCAGGGUGGGGGUGGUCCCCAGGGGUGUCCUUGGGGUGUGCUUGGGGGGUGGCAGCAGAUGCCUUGCAAGCGUGAGGGUGGCAGCUCCCCCUUCCCAGCUCCUGGGGUCUGUAGGUCUGUCUGUGUGUCUGUCUGGCCCGCCCUGCCCGGGGUCCCUCAGGGUGCGUGGCCGAUACCCUGUCCCUCCCGUCUUUAUUCGCCGCUCUGCAGUGGCCACAGCGCUGUCAAAUAAAACCACCAUGGGCUCCA